AUGGGGAAUACGACAGGCGGCAUGGAUGUGUCUCCUGGCCGAGAAGUCAGAGGGCCUCAGAAUACUGUUGGGGUCUCCAAACAACCUGCUGCAGUUAAGUUGCCCAUGCCUUCAGAAGAGGAGCUUGAGGAAAGAUUCAGCCUAGUUCUGAACUCGAUGAAUCUGCCUCCUGAUAAAGUGAAACUUCUGCACCAGUAUGACAACGAGAAGAAGUGGGAGUUAAUUUGCGACCAGGAGCGUUUUCAGGUAAAGAACCCUCCAUCUGCUUAUGUGCAGAAACUCAGGAGCUUCUUGGAGCAAGGAGGAAGCAAGAAGUUUAAGAGGCGCAUCCAAGAAGCCACACAAGUCUUGAGAGAACUGGAAAUAUCCUUAAGAACCAAUCACAUUGGCUGGGCUCAGGAAUUUCUCAACGAGGACAAUAAGGGACUGGAUCUCCUUGUCGACUUCCUCGCCUUCUCCCAGCGUGCCAUGCCGUACGACCUAGAAAGCAUCGACAAUGAAAGCUUUGAAGAGAAAUCAGCAGAUGAAGGGUCUGCAAGUGCCACUAACUCUCCUGCUCAUGGAUCCUCCAAUACCAACCGUCCCUAUGCUGCACGAUUGAACUCUCUUCACAACAGAAAAACACAGAAGAACUCACAUCUGCUCAGCCAGAGAGAUCAUCUCCACCUCUGCAUCAUGUGCCUACGAGCCAUCAUGAACUACCAGUCAGGGUUUACUCAAGUGAUGAGCCAUCCGAACUGUGUCAAUCAGAUCACACUCAGUCUCAGUAACAAUAGUGCCAGAACGAAAGCUUUGGUCCUGGAGCUGUUGGCCGCUGUGUGUUUUGUUCGAGGAGGUCACGACAUCAUUCUCUCAGCUUUUAACAACUUUAAAGAGGUGUGUGGGGAGAAGAGUCGCUUUGAGAAGUUGAUGGAGUAUUUCCGGAAUGAGGAAGCUAACAUCCACUUCAUGGUGGCCUGCAUGCAGUUUAUCAACAUUGUGGUGCAUUCAGUAGAGAACCUGAACUUUAGAGUCCAUCUGCAGUACGAGUUCACACAGCUUGGACUGGACGAUUACCUGGAGAUGUUGAGGCUGAGUGAGAGCGAAAGCUUGCAGGUCCAGGUCCAGGCGUAUCUGGACAAUCUGUUUGAUGUUGGAGCUCUGCUAGAGGAUGCAGAAACCAAAAAUGCCUUGCUUGAACAUCUAGACGAACUACAGCAGAGCAAUGCCGAGCUGAGCAGCAGGUUGGAGGAAUGUGAAAAUGAAGCCAAAGAGAAAGCAGCUAAGCUGGAGAGACAACUUAUCCAGUCCACCAAGGAAGUGGAACUUUUGAAGGAGAGUCUUCGGGAAUCUUGCGCUCAGAUUUUGGCCCUGCAGCAGCGAGAGCGAGAACGAGAGAUGACCAGAGAGUUAGAGCUUGAGAGAGAGAGGGAUCGAGAACGCUUAGCGAUAGCGCUGGAACAGAAAGUACAAUCCCUGGUGGAGCAGGGGCUCAUCAGAAUGGAACGAUCCAAGUCCGGAUCUGUGGACCUCAACGUCAUACAGAACACAGAGAACACACAACUACCAUACACAGUAAUAGAUGUAGUAGACAGUCCUGUUCUUGCAUCCUCUGAACACUCACAACCUCCAGCCCCGCCCCCUUUGCCAGUCCCUGCACCUCCCCCUCCUCCCCCUCCUCCUCUGCCCCCUCCUGGAACUAAACAGCCAUCUCAAACACUAAUUACUUUUAAGACAGGUGUGAGGACCAAGAAGCCAAUCCAGACGAAGUACCGAAUGCCGCUGUUUAACUGGCAGGCUUUAAAAGAGGAGCAGGUGUCUGGAACCAUCUUCACUGAACUGGAUGAUGACAGCGUAUUAGAGGAGUUGAACAUGGAUGUUUUUGAGGAGCUGUUUAAGACUAAGGCUCAGUCGCCUCCAGCUAACAUCGGCACACUGAAGAUAAAAGUGGCCCAGAAAGCUUCCAGUAAAAUCUCCCUGCUAGAACCCAACCGGGCCAAAAACCUUGCCAUCACUCUGCGCAAAGGAGGCAUGGACGCCAACCGCAUUUGCACUGCCAUUCAGAUGUAUGAUCUAGAUGCAUUAAGUCUAGAUUUUCUGGAGCUGUUAGAGCGCUUUAUCCCAUCAGACUAUGAGCUGAAGUUAAUCCAGAAUUACGAGCGUGAGGGUCGAUCUUUGCUGGAUCUGUGUGAUGAGGACCGCUUUAUGGCCCAGUUUGGUAAAAUCCCACGGCUUGUUAAGCGAAUCAGCACACUCACGUUUAUGGGGAACUUCAGAGAAAGCGUCCAGCUCCUGCAGCCACAACUGGAUGCCAUCAUCGCUGCUUCUAUGUCCAUCAAAUCCUCCAGUAAACUGAAAAAGAUUCUAGAGAUUAUUCUAGCUUUUGGGAACUACAUGAACAGUGGAAAGAGGGGUACAGUGUAUGGAUUUCGCCUUCAGAGUCUCGACCUGCUGUUGGAUAUGAAGUCCACCGAUCGCAAACAGACGCUGUUGCACUUUCUUGUAAGCAUCAUUCAAGAGAAAUUCCCAAACCUGCACACGUUUCAUACUGAACUGCACUUUUUGGAUAAAGCAGCAGUGGUGUCUCUGGAAAGCAUUGUCAUGGAUGUCCGUGCACUAGAGAAAGGAAUGGAAGUGACCCGGAAGGAAUUUGAGGAACAGCAAGACAGUCCAGUUCUGAGUGACUUCCUGUCCAAUAACAGCAGCCUGAUGGAGACUGUGAUUAAAGAUGCAAAAACUGCCCAGGAGGCGUAUGAAUCAGCGGUGGAGUAUUUUGGAGAGAAUCCUAAAACCACCCCCCCUUCUGUGUUCUUCCCCAUAUUAAUUCGGUUCAUCACAGCUUAUAAGUUGGCUGAAAAAGAAAAUGAGCAGAGGAAGAGAGCGAGUUUUAUCAGCGAGGAGCUGACCGUGACUGACCCGGCCAAAAACAAGCACAUGGGAGACAAGGUACCCAUGGUGGCACGGAUGGCCCAGCUGGACAUGAUUGCAGAGCUAAAGCGCAGGCAGGUGUCUCCUCUGGUGCGUGAGGGCAAAGACGGUGCCAUAGAGGACAUCAUUACAGGUUUGAGAAAUCAGCCAUACAUCAGAGCAGAUGCUGGAAGACGCAGCAACAAAUGGAAACCAGCACAGAAGCUUCAAGUGUCUUCUGAUAUUUCUCUGUAAUGCACAUACGGUACAUGCAAUAACACAUUAUAAUUAAAAUUAAAGGCUAGCACGGUGGCCUGGUGGGUAGCACUGUCACCUCACAGCAAGAAGGUCCUGGGUUUGAUU